AUGGUCAAGCUUGCGCUCUUCCUCAAGGCGACACUAGACGGCGUCACAGACCUACAGCCUGAUAUCCCGGCUGACACGCCAGAAGAGUAUUACUAUAGUUUCCAGGUACAAUGUGUCAGUUGCCGCGAGACACAUCCAAAUCAUGUUGCCGUUAGCAGGCACGAACAGAAUGAAAUGCAGGGGAGCCGUGGAGAGUCCAAUUUCGUUUGGAAGUGUCGGAACUGUGGACGAGAGUCGUCUGCCAAUAUCGAGGGUCCUCCGGCUGCGUGCCCGUUGGAACAAUCCGGGAAGAAGGUCAAGAUGUUGGUGUUUGAGACGCGUGGAUGCGAGUUUGUUGGAUUCAAGGCGGAUGGCGAUUGGAUGUGCAAGGGUGAGAACGGCAAGAGCACUUUUGGAGCUAUUGAUCUUGGUGAAGGGGAAUGGUAUGACUACGAUGACAAUGCCGGGGCUGAAGUGUCCAUCACAGAGGUCGAGUGGUCUAUUGAGCGGACAAAGUGA